CACACCGUCAUGGCUUGAAACUCGACUAGAGGCAGCCCGCCUGUUUCCAAGUUUAGAAUAGAAUCGACAUGUGCAGGAUAGAGUAGAGACCCCUGGACCCCUCAAGGUAUAAAGUUUGAAGCUUUUUCUGUGUGCAUCCAUUCUUAUUCAAACAUCCUACAUCUUUAUCAUUUAUUCAAUAUCAUUAAAUACAUCAUUCACAAUGGGUUGGUUCGAGGAAAGCAACACCGAGGUCGUUGAGCAAUUCAACCAGUACGACGAAUACUCUAAGAACAAAGAGCAUCACGCCAAGCUCUCCCACGAGAUCAUCGGAGGUGCUGCUGCCUUUGAAGCUGCCAAGGCAUACGAGGAUCAUGUUGCCAAGAAUGGCAAGCCAGAUAGCCAUGCCAAGGCUAAGGAAUUCCUAGCCGGAGCCGUUGGUGUUUUCGUUGAACGGGAGUUUGAGACCAAGGGUCUAGAUUUCUUUGACAAGGAGGAGGCUAAGCGUCGAGGUGAACAUCGAGCAGAAAGGGAGCUCGAGCGCCAAUACUAGACCUGUACCAAGGUUCUGUGGUAGUAAACAAAUAUGAUGAAUAAUGAAGCAUCCGUGGACUAAUGAUUGCUGUUCCUUUGUGAGAUCUGAGGUCGAUCCCUUGGAACAGGCAGUAGAGAAUUCGUAGAACAGGAAAGACAUUUUGUGUUGGAUAUGCAUGUGAGAUAUACGUAUUGGGAAACAUCAAUGAUACUGGGAAAGUUCGAACCUGAGGCCUCUGAGGACAAGGAUGAAUCCAAACUGAAAUGGUGGAACUUUCGUCAGUGGAUAGUUUUGAAGCAGAUCUGGCAAAGGACAUUACGAGUAUAUCAUUUUCAACUAGCACCUGCAGCUGCAAGCUCCAGGUUCAAACUCAAAAGUAUGACACAGCGGGAUAUCCGUAGCUCCUCGAUUCUUGAGUUCCUAGAUAUUACUUGACACAAAGUUAUAUAUGAUCUCUGCGACCUCCUUCGGUGCCUCCAGUGGGGCCAGAUGUCCAACUUUAUCCAGCACAAGAAACUCGGCGACAGAAAUGUUACCACCAACCUCAGCCUUGACACGUGCCACAGGUUCAACUUGAUCUUUGGCUCCAGCGACGACAAUUGAAGGGAUGGAGAUCCUCUUGCAUAGCUCUUGAAUGUCUUCAAUCAUAGCAUAUCUUGGCCAUGCUGCUUUAGCAGAUGGAUUGCCCUUUAGCAUAUCCUCCACAAUCCCCUCGAUAGUACCAUCAGGCAACGGCUUCGCUGUGAGGACGUUCCGGGCAACAAACUCAGCGUUCUGCGUGUUGUUGUAGGCGCUGAUUUGUUGAUCCCGCAUCUCCUCAGGCAACAUCAAGGGCGUAGGUGGCGCUGGACAAAGUAGGACUAGACCUGCAAGCCCGCUAACAAGCUUUCGUCCUGCAAUAGCUUGAGCGACCUUGGCCCCCAUUGAAUGGCCGACGAUGAUGUAUUUGUGCAGUUCGAGUUGCUCAAUGACCUGUUCAACAUCUUGGGCGAGUUUGAGGAUGGAGUACUCGGUCUCAUCUGUAGGGCCAGUAGAGCUACCCCACCCGCGAAAGUCGAGCCGGACAGUUGGGAAGGAUAACGCGAUUAAGCCAUUGACGGGUGACCAUGUUUUGGAAGAUCCUCCCCAGAAAUGGAGAAAGAUAAUGGUUGGAUGGUCUUGAGGCUGUCGCGAAGGAGAUGACUGCUCGACAUGAAUACAGACAUUGUCAUGGAGCGGGAUACGCUUAGUGGUGGAAACAAAUGCCAUUUUGCUCAAUAGCUCUCAAAGUCUUUCUUUGGGUCAAAUCAAGAG